AUGAAAACUGCAUUUGUGCUAUUUGGUGUAUUGGCCAUGAGCCUGAGUGCCUUCGCGGCUACAGAUGACUGCACGGUCCCCACUUAUAACACCACCCUGGAAUUGGCAUGUCAAGGCUCUGAAUUGGAAUAUCUGUGGCCAAACUACGAGAAUGUUCAACAAUAUUAUCGUUGCCAAGGUGCUGGAAAUCCUGUUGUGCUCAACUGCCCAGGAAACACCUAUUUCAGUUUUGUUCUACAAUAUUGCGUGAGCUGUGGCCAAUAUAUUCCAUCUCAAUACUGUGAAACUUUGAAAAUUGACAAGAAGUCAAGCUGUGUGCCUAUUGCGGGAGAAACUCCAAAACCAACUACCAGCAGUACCACCAGUACCACCACUACUACUACCACCACCACAACUAAAAAACCUGCCCAAACUACACCACCCGUCGAAGAAAAUACUACACCAACAAAAUCAACAAGCACCAGCACAACCACAACCACAACCACCACCACCACCACCACUAAAAAGCCCGUAACUGUCCCUCCAACAACAUUGAUUCCUCCACCACCAGUUCCAUCUACCGCAGAUCCUAAUGUACCCCUCCCACCUGUCGCUCCCCCCACCCCACCAACAAUUGAAAAUAUCCCACCAAUUGAGUCCCAACCAAAUACACAAUAA